AUGUCAGCUACUUGCGUUGCAGAAUCCUCUUCAUCUCCUACUAUUACCGUUACCGCAUCCGCUUCCACAAAUGUCCCUAUUGCCAUAACUAUUCCCCCCGAGAUUUUCAUCAAAAUAUGUGAACAUUUACCACCUUCAGAUCUUUUAUCGUUGACUGGUGUUUGUAAAAGAUUUCGUGGAUUUUUGUGUUCUCCAGAAUCUUUAUUAACACAAGAUAUCUGGCGUACUUCAAGAAUCUGGUUCUUACCCGGCCUUCAAUUGCCACCUCCUGAUGGAAUGUAUGAAGAAGAAUAUAUUAGAUUUGCAUGUUUAUUGACUCGUUGUCAAUAUUGUACUUCUCAAAAAAUGGUCAAAGUUUACUGGCAAUUUCAGGUUAGAUGUUGUCAAGAGUGUCUAUUAAAAUAUACUACACCCAUCAUUAAAGAUCAUAAUUGGAUGACUGACAACGUGUUCACUGGCUUGGUAUAUGUUAGGCAUAAUAAUCAAAUUCUUUUCUGGACUUCCGAUCUAAAAGCAUCAUAUAGAGAAUUUGAAGUAAUUAGUGGCAAUAAUUAUCUGAAAUGGGUUGCUGACCGAAAAGAAAAGCGUAUUCGUAUAAUGGAUGAUGCUGCUCUGCGUGAUCAAGCAGCUGCAGCUGCUGAAGAAGAAAGCAAUAAACUAUUAGGUUCUGCUACAACUGAUACUACAACUAAUAUACCAACAGUUAGCGCUUUAGGUGUUGAUGUUGAUCCAAGACAAUUUGCACUUUCACAAAUUCGUAUCACUGGCACAAGGUCAAGUGUUUCUUCAGCAGUGUCAGCGUUGCAACAUUUUGGUCAUAUUGAUACCCUCGACAUUAUGAUAAUGGAUUCCCCUUAA